CCCAGAACCCGCGUCCCGCAGAACCACGUAGGACGGCUGAGGUGUGAGACGUUGUUUGCUGAGUGUCCCCGAUUUUAUUAAAAGAAGUCCGUGUACAUUUGCGACUGCAUCGUUGAUCAUCCGGCCGUUUUACUUGAUUCAUCGGGAUGGAGAUCGAAGAAGCAUUCGGGACGACAAGAAGGACUGACCGACGCGGACCGACAGAAAUCCACAGCGAGAAGAUCGCCAUGAUUUUCGUCCCGCGUUGAACAAGAUUCAAGAGACAAUACCAGAAUCGAUCUGCGACUCGGAGUCGCGAAGAGGCUUUCCUGGAAUGCAGAUUUAUGGCUCUCGAAUCGACCGAUCGGUAAAAAAUAAGCGUCUCCUACCGCGUAAUGGCACGCCCAAAACCGGUUCGCCGUUACUCGGAAGGGACGCCGACAGCCGCCAUGUUGAAUUCCCCGAGCGCCGACUUAAUCCAAUAUGAAAUUUGUAAGUGCGUGAAAUACCUGGGAAAUUGAGAACUGAUGGUUUACUCGGUUACCCUCGGCACGUGCCGAGCUUGGUUGAUUUUUAGUCCUAACGGGCAUUUUCGCGAACGUUAUCAGGUCGUUCUUUUGAGGUUAACUCCGGUGCCCGAUGGAAUCGACUGCGGAAGGGACGAGAUAUAGACGCCGCGUAUGUCUAAUUAGGGAAUAAAAUGUAAUAUCUCCUUGGCAAAUGCCGAGCUUGAGAAAAUCAGAGAAUCUUUGCCCCUGGCGUAGUCCAGGCUUGGUUGAUUCUGGUCCUAACGGAUCUUUUAUAGAAUAGCGAUUAAAAUGUACCGAGUGAAUGAAUGUGUGUUUUAUGGAAACUCGCUCGCGUAGAUUAUUCAUCCGAACAUACUUUGUAUGCCACCCUCGUAUUUGUUAAGGCCCCUUGGUGCGAACCAAGCUUGGGAAAAUAUAGAUGCAAAUAAUUCCCCUCGGUGCAAGCCGAGCUUGAGUGAUAUUUCGUCCUAACGGACGUUUAGCUUUUAACCGAGGGAACUUAGUUUAAUUUUAUUUAUAAGUAAAUAUAGCUAACGCACGCACGCCGAGUAAGCUAUCCACUUUAAACUUUUUACCGGAAUUGAUCUGGUCGAAUGUGUAAUAGUUCGGUGGAACCACUCAUGCAGCUACUUAGAAAUUAUACUCGGGAAGAUAAAAUAUUUACUUCCCGUAGUUUUUACAUGGAGGCUGUUGCAAAUUGGGCCUGUAUUUUUUUUUUCAACGUCAUUUCUUUAGCAGUUAUUUAUAAAUUACGAGAAGAUAUUGAACUCGUAACUUAGAAUUCUGAAAUGAAGACUGCAGUAAAUUUUAUUUUAUUUUAUUUUUUUUCAACUCUGUGAAUCCUUCACGGGUAUUUAUGAGUAUAACAUGAAGAUUCAACUCUGAAGAUUCAACUCUGAAGAUUCAACUCCGAAGAUUCUGACAUUGGCAACCGUACCUGUUUUUUCAUCUCUAUUUUUAGUUCUUGCAAAUGAACGAGUACAAAAAUAGAUUCUUAACGCAGUUCUGCAUUUUUAAAAUCAUUAAAUUCUGCAAAAUUUAUAAUUCAAUUUUAUUUAAUAGCAUAUAAUUGAGGAGAUCAAAUUAAUUUUAUCAAGAUUAAACUUACUGUCUCAUUAUUAUCUCUUAUUAUCUUAUUAUUAUCUUAUUAUUAUCUCUGCAUUGCUUAUAUUCGUUCAAAUUGCAAUCAAAUUCCUAUGAGAUUUAAUCUCUGGAGUUUGCUAGUAUAUAAACUUUCAUUUGAAUGGACAAUGAAAGAGGACACCUUCUGACAGAAAAUCAUUAUCUGGAAGAUCCAUGGUUACACGACACUGUAGAUUCAUUAUAUCGAAGACGGAUACAUCUCUCCAAGGAUUUUGAAGACGUUCUUUUCUCAAGGCAGACGGUGGAUACUGGAACAACCUGGUUGCGGCAAGAUCUAGCUACGAAGCAGCUAUGGAGAUCCAGUGUAUUGAAAUUGGAUGCAGCUGUUCCGCCCAAGGUUUUUUUGAGCUGUGGUUUUCCCUUGGGACAUUGGGUGAAUACCGGAACAAGCGGUUAUGGCAAGAGUCCACAGCAGUGAAGAUAAAUUCCUCUCCAUAACCUGGAGCAAAGCUGUUCUAUGCAUCAAAACAUUAAAAUGUUGAAAAAUUCAUGAUAAUAGAGUGAUGAAUACCGAAUAUGUUUAACAUUUAAAUCAAUAUAUUUUUGGUCAAAGAGAAAUUCCAUUUCAUUAGAAUCAUCAGUUUUCCAAUUUUAUCAAGAAAUGAUAUUAAAUAUACUUGUAGUUUUACAUGAAGAUUUAAAGGCGAGUUGAAAUAUUAA